GAAAAAUUGAGUGGCAGCCCUGGACACAAUCAAACUGACUGCCAUUACCCCAAUGGAGGCGAAUCAAGGCAUGGAGCCCAGCUUGAUUAUUUUUAUUGGUGGCGUUAUCAUUCUGUGCCUAGUUGCUCUCAUUUAUGUAAGUAAUAACAUAUAGAAUAUCAUAUGUAAGUAUCAGUAAGGAUAUGUAUUUGUCAGUAAGUCCCAAAGACUUCAUCAUACAGGUUAGUUAUUUUCGGUCUUCAGGUAAAUACAGCACUGAUCGAUGCCUGACAUUAUUUCGUCUGAUUGAGAAUACGGAUCUCCAUUGAUCGAUGACAUAAACAAGUCACUUACUUUGGGUUAAACAGUCUAUUCUUUUGACGACCUUAAAAUUCAAUAAUAAACGAUAACAAAAGACCUGCGUCUCUAUUAAGUUGAUUAGGGCUCUUUGAUACAUGCACAAUAAUAUAGUGUGUUUUUUUUUUUUAAAUAGUGUUCUUUCAGUCUGAAUAAAUUCAUUUCCAUUCAGUUCCCGGUAUCGUCCUCCAAUCCAUGUUUAUACAGUCUGGGCCAGCGUUCCGCAUCUGGUGGUCCGCGGACUGGCACCGAUCCGUGACCUUCGCGUUUCCGGUCCGCAAAACAUGAAUAUUUAUGAUCAAAUAAAGAGAAAACAUAAUUAAUAAAAAUUGGCGCCGGUCCCUGGUGCAAUUUCGAAACUUUUUCCACAGGUCAACCAAACUUAAAAGGUCUGGGAAAUGCUGGCAUGGACAACGGCAGCGACCAAUGAGACAAACGCUGAACCAACUACCUACUCGCUUUUCUCUUCCGAGAUCAUUUAUUUUUUCCUAUCCGGUCGUACCACCAAGACGUGAUUAAAUACGUAACAUUAGAUUUUAAACUAUUAUUAACAUUGUAUUUUAACGACAAUAAUUUAAACUGAUAAUUAUGAUGACGAUUGUGAAUUUCAAUUUGCAUUGUUCCGCAGCAGAACCAUGAGAAUACUUUGAAGAAAAAUAUAGUCCAGCCUGCAUUGUAAAUUUUAAGCCAUGUAUCAUGUGCAGUGGCGUAACCAUCGUUGAAACGGACGAUCGCCUCGGGUUGCACACUGGUUGGCGGGUGGGCACUACCAAAAUUAAAUGACAGCAUUGUGUGCAUAAAUGUGUUCGGGUGUGUGUGUGCAUGUGUGUGCGUGAAUGUGCGUGUGUAGGCGUCAGUGUAGGGAAUUCCCCACGGCGCCUUAUUUUGUCCUCCACUAAUUUGUUGCUUGAUGUGCUAUUCUUAUUUCGCCAACGUUCUUCCCUUAGAAAUGCUGUGAAUCACUACAUGGAUCACAACAUGGAUCACAAUAUGGUUCAAAACAUGGACCACAAUUUCAAACACCCUAUAGACAAAUGCCAACUUUUCAAAACGAAUCCACCAGAAGGUUUGAUAGGUCAUCUCCGUCCAUCGAUCUGCACGGCUACUCUGUAGCACGGGCUAAAGACGAAGUUGAUGAGUUUCUGCGUCGAUGCACAAUCAGUAGGUGAUCACAGUGCUAGCUUUGUAAUUCUUUUUUAAAUAAUUAGGGCAUGUGUAACCGAUAAGUAUUUUUUUUUUACCUGUAUUUUGUCAAUUUACUUAAAGCUUAUCUAUAAUCUGUACUAAUCUGAUACUUGUAGCUAUCUUGAAUUGUCUUUACGUUAAUUUUUUUCACAUAUGUUUGGCUGGCUCUAAUGUGUCAAAUUGAACUUGGUCCGAAUCGGGACAGAAAUGUACAUACUCAAAUAAAACUUAUUACUGAUUUUUUCGAUUUGAGAAAUAAUCAGUUUGUUCAAAACGAUCGACUGUAGUAUAUCUGAUUGGAACUUAUUUAAAUAGAUGCAAGAGUAUUUUCAACAACAAAACUGGAAUGGUUACCUUUCGAAAUAAAAUAAUAACAACUAAAUUUAAAAUCGAAUGUACAUUUUUAAAAUAUAUAUUUGACAAGAAUUUCACGUUAACACAUGAUUUAACUCAAAUUGUUUAUAGAUUACACACGUGGUGGACGGGAUGCUGACCGGUACGUCUACAUCGUCACCGGCAGGGGACUGCAUAGUCCCAGUGGCUACCCUGCCAUUAAGGAAGCUGUUCAAGACUAUUUGAAUGCUCGUAGCUACAGGUAACUAACUACACGGGCGUUUUUUUUUUUCAGAGGUUGAGCUUGGACUGGUCCACUUGACUUUAUACGGCCAAUUCGCCUCACCCCGAGUGUGGCGGGGGAUGUCAUGGUGCAAAGUCCUGCAAUCCUUGCGGCUGAAGAGGGCUUCAGGCACCAGCUACAAUCUAAAUGUGUGUGUGUAUAAAAAAAAAAAUCAACUAUCAACUUUGAAUGCCAGGAGCAUGAAACUGAAAAGUGGCAAGACGCUUCCAGAAGUCACGUAUCCGGACGUCAUUGAAUUCGAAAUUCUUCUUUCUUUCACCUUUAGCCAUUUUUUUAAUCAUCAACAACAUCCAUUAAAUACUUGAUUGUGGUUUUUGUUCUUCUUUUUGUGGUGAAUUUGAAGAAAAAUAAAGAUAACUUAUAUAAAAAGAUUUUAUAAAACAUCAUUUAAUCUACGUAUUUUUUGAUAGGCCUAGUUAACUGUAUCUUAUGGCGUGUCUACGUUAUUGAAGUACUGUCCUGCUGACGGAAGAAAAAUUUCAUUAAUAUACCUAAACAGGAUUUUUAUCUCCAUAUCUCAUUUUAGAUACGAAUGGAACAACGACGGUGAAGCGGAGGUAGACCUGAGAGGUUGGUAGUCCUCAUAGCAGCCAUGGAGUUAACCCUUUACUUCGGAUUUUAUGAUGUCAAAUAACAUUGUUUGUAAAUAGUUGAUUUAGUUGCGGCUUUUAUCCAUUCCCGCAAAACUGAUGACACUGAAAUCAUUUUAAGAAUGACUUAGAUGUUUCGUGUAUUAAUUUUAAAAAUUAUUUUAGCUUAAGGCAUUAGUUUGAGUAUACUGCAUUUUUUUUUAGAGCAUGUUGCGCUUUUUAACGAAUUGCUAACUUUAUCAACAUUUUCGUCAAUGUUAGAGUAGUUUGAUUUAUAAUAAAAAAAAAUAAAAAAUAAAAAAAAACUCUUAUUGAACCCUUAAGCCAUGGGCGCCCGCAGGUAGGGGCAAGGUGGGGCACUUGCCCUGACCUGGUUUGAUUGGAUAACAAAUUUUUAGACAAAAAUAGACAAAAAAUUUAUUAAAAGUAAAGAGAAAAUAAAGAGAAAGUAACUAAGCUGAUGUCCUGUCCGUUCGUUCACCAUACAAAUACGCUACAGUAAAUUAAAACUACAUUAAAACAUUACUAAAAAGUUUUUGCCCCCCCCCCCGAAAGUUAAUCGAUUUUUUUGCCCCCCCCCUAGAAAGUUUGCUGCGGGCGCCCAUGCCUUAAGCUAGCCUGGGUUUAGCGCACUGUCAUGGUAUUUAGGUAAUUUUGCAACUCAGUUCAGUGCAUUAAAUUGAUCAGAAAUCGUAUGAAUAUUGAAAGGAAACCGAAUCCUCAUUUCGCUCAUUAAAUCUGUAAAUUCCUGAUCUCACUUAUAAAACUCUCCCGAAUAUUUAAUUACGAAUUUAGUUAUCGCUUUAAUCUUGGCCUUAUGUUAUUUUUUACCAGGAGCUUAUUUGAAUUUAUUUUAUCUUAUCAGCAGCUGAUUGAACCUAUGCUAUUUUAUCAGCAGCUGAUUUGAAUUUAUUUUAUGAGCAGCUGAUUUGAACUUAUGUUAUUUAACCAGCAGCUGAUUUGAAUUUAUUUUAGUUUUCCAGCAGCUGAUUUGAACUUUUGUUAUUUUAUCAGCAGCUGUUUUGAACUUAUUGUUAUUGUUCUAACUGCUCCUUUUGUCAUUAGACAUUGGUCAUUGUCUAUGGUACAUUUCAAAUAAAAAUCCGAAAGUCAUGAUAUUAAAAAAAAAAAAAAUUAAGUUAAAAGUUAAAUCGUAGACCUGAGUGUUUUCAAUAAUAACUUUAGAAAUCGAAACCAACGAGUAUUCUAUUUAUUUCCUUUAGUCUCUAAUUGCAAACGAUUUUUAAAAAUAAAAAUUUAAAAAUCCUUUAUUUGUAUUACUUAUUUAUAAAAGCGGUCUAACGUUUUUGUAAAUUCGCCUCUACAAACAUAUUUGAAAUGAUAUAAAUUUUACGUUUUUUUGUUUGUUUUUGUUUUUUUACAUUUUUGUGUUGUAGACUAUUUGUAUUUGAUGGGUAGCUACAUCAAGUAUUUAACUUAAGUUUUCAAAGGUCGCUGUGAAAAGAUUUUUUCCCCUUUAUUUAUAUUUUAUUUCGAUUGCUCAUUUCGUAAUCAUUUUUUUUUUCAUUUCAACGAAAAUGUUCAUUAUGUCUCCAGUAAUGAAAUGUGUCAGAUGUUAAGUGUUAAAUGUAACAACACACGACCCUCUUGUAAGUCCGAGAAUUUUCUCUAGUAUUUUGUAAAAAUAGGAAAAGUUUGUUGUUGUUGUUGUUGUUAAUUCAAACACAGGAGAGGUUCUUUGACAUGAAAACUUUAUAGUAUGAUCUUAGUGCAUUUGUAUACUCUGUAUUUUUAAACAACAAAAAAAUAGCUAAUGGGAUAUUGAGAGCUAAUCCGAGCAAGGAUGUUUGUAAACAAAAAUUUAAAAAUUAAGCUUAUAAAUUUAGUGUCUUUCAAUAAUUGACAGACACGAUAUUAGCAUUAGAGCAUUAUGGCCAUCGAGUUAGUGUACUGCUUAAAAGUCAACAAAUUAUUAUUACUAACAAUGUUAACCACGAAAGAAUCCAUUUUGCAAGCACAGAAAGAGAUUUUUUUUAUUUGUGACAAUAAUUUUUUUUAGAAAUAAAUAAUUUGUUUUUAAAUUUUUAUUUUAUAUUAUUAUUAUUUUAGGGCGCAAAGUAAACAUAACAUUGGAUGCUGUGUAACAACAAUUUAGGGAAAUGUUUCUCAAUUUAUCUUCGAUGUACAUACUUUUUAUUAAACAAUUUAAAAAAAAUAUAUAGGCCUAUAUUAUGAUUUAAAAUCGCUAAUUUUAGAAGUGUUCUUUUCUUCAUCACGG